UGGAAAUUAAUUACACCUGGAGACGAUCGAAUACAUCGGGAAAGGGAACUGUGAAAGUUCGGCAAUUGAGUUACCUAUGAGUAGCUAGAGUUCGGUAAUUGUCCAGUACCGAUAAAUCAGGCAAAAACCAACACAUAUAAAUAUUUUCUGGAGUAUUAGUUGUGUAACUACAAUAGUGAGCCUUGAUAUUCAUCCCAUGAUGACUCGUGUGACUUUCUGAACUCGUGAUAAGGAGUAGUGAACCUACAUUACAAGUCAGUCCAAUAAUUUGAAUAAUUCGUUUCAGUGAAGACGAGUACGGAACGUUUAAAAUCUUUCAGGGCGGAUUCGGCGCCCUUAGUUCAUAAGACUACAAUGUUGCGGAAGAAAAACCAGCGUGACCCCAUUGGCAGCCUCGAGCUGGGAGGGGCCGUACAUAUGACAAAAUCUUUCCGGGUCAAGAGAAUAAGUUAUAAGAAAAUCCUGAAGUAUGUGGUGUUGAUUAUUCUCGGAAUAGCCAUUCAUUCCAUUUAUCGGGAGAUUUUCCAGGCCCAUCAUGUGGAGGAACUACACCAGGACAAUAUACCCGUAAGAGAUAGUAUCCCUCUUCAAGGUCAAAACGAAAAGGAGCCGCUCAAUCAACAGGCACCACAGGAAGCGCCAAUACAUCAAGAGCCACCUGGCGGCCGAGUUUUAGAUAACAAUGACAACAACCAUGUUUUUGAUCACGAGAAAGAUGUAGGCAAUGCUGAAGAUAUGGCCAAUAGGAUUUUCAAAGACCACGGCGACAACAUAGCCCAACAAGAAGAAAGUUUACAUGAUCCUGUGGAGCAAAAUCAAAAUGUGAGAGAAACAAAAGAGCAAAAUGUAGAUGAAAACCGUGUUAUGGAGAGCUUCCGGGAAGAAGCUAACGAAUUGCCGGUUGAAGAGGACCACGGUCCAUUUGAACAAAUUGUGGAUCUGAAGGAAGACAUGUUGGAUAACCAGAAUGACAUCAAGGCAGAACAAGAAAUACAGAAGAAGAUCGGAAAUAUCAUGGAGGACACAUAUGAGGACAUCAAGAUGGAGCGUCCUCCCGAGAAAGCAGCUGACGUGCCGCAGGCAAUGUCACCCGAGGAUCACAUCGACGUCGAACCACCAAAGGAGGUAGAGAAGAUCAAGGAGGCAGUGAAGAAGGUUGAAGCUCUACCUUUGAAUUAUCGCGAGGUUGUAAGACCCCAUGACCAUGGUCUUCCUAAUCUGGUAACGGCUGCUCUAAAAAAAGACCUGAUGAAACUCGAACAACUCAUCCUGUCUGUACAACGUCUAUUGCCCAAAGAGAAAAUUUAUGUCUACGACAUAGAUCUCGAGCCGAGACAACACAAAUUGUUGGCAGCAAUGUGUAACGUACGUAUGCGUCACCUGAUGUUGGAAGUAUUUCCAGGGUUUGUUAAAAACGUCACCAACUUCCAUUGGCGCCCACUUGUGAUGCACAUCGCCGUCACGGAAUUUGAACACAUUACUUGGUUGAAUCACAACAUGCGUCUGAAGAAUGUCAAGAAGCUUUUGACUCAAUAUCCAAAGGCGCAUGAUACAAGCGUUCUCGUGAUCGGUCAAGCUGCCAGCUACACAAGCUUUGCCGUGACACAUCCCGAUAUGUAUAAGUUCAUCCAGACAGACAAGAAAAAAUUGUCGACAGUUCCCCAUAUUGAGGUGUAUGCUCUCAUUAUGCACAACACGGAGGAGCUCCGAGAUAACUUUAUGAAACAGCUUCUCUCGUGUGCAAUGAACCCUGCAUGCCUAGCGCCACCUGGCGCCAAAACAAACUGUGAUUUUGACUUUUCUGGAAGACUUUACGCCAAAUGUCAUCAGUAUGACGAAUCGGCCAUAAACAUUUUGCUGAAAAAUUGGUUUCAAUUUGACAAGGCACAAUUUGCAACAGGGAACUGUUGUUUUAACGACUAUGAUCCGAACGAAAGAAUACGACCGCAAAUCUGUCGUAGGAGGUUAGACAGUAAGAUAGAGGAUUUGUAAUGUUAGAUGAAACAUUUGAAUAUGCCACAAGCCACAUUUCUAUUUAUAAACCAAUAGAGCUUUAGAAAUAGCAUAUCAAUAACACAAGUACAGCAAAGUGCAGGCAAUAAUUUUCCUGAAACAAAUGCAUGCACGAUAAAAUUUCUUCGGGUUUUGAUACAUGCAUGUAGAUGUAAGUACAUUUUGUAACAAACGGAAAUAGGAAAGUGUUAUUUCCAAUUCAUCAGAUGUGAUUCCAAAGUAACGAAACUCUGGUGUAUCUCUUUGAGUUACAAUAUGUAACCUCAUAUGUACAUACUCAUACUGUUGAAUUGUUGGAAAUGUUUUACGUCACAACCCUUGCAUAUAUUAAUACUAACCGAAGUAGUUCGCUCGGUUUAUAUGUAGAGGGACCCUCCCUUUAACUCAAUCGACCCAGGGUAAGACUUGUAAGCCAUGGAGAUCCCGUGGUAUUUAAAUAUAUUAACUUGAUAAUAGCCUAUAGUGAUUUUAUAGGAUAUUGGACUAUAUUUCACCUUCCAAACAAGUAAUACAUAUAUUUAUUGAUUUAUAAUGUGAUGCCAAAGAGUAAAUGCGAAAAUGUUGAUGUCCACAACGCUCGGUAGACCUCGACCAGGUCCCAAUCGGGGUUAUUUAUUAAUAGAAUAAAUGCCGCAAGACAACACUGUCGAAUGAGCCGUUAACCGCAUAUCUAUUUAUUUUUGAGCGACGGUUUAGAGAUCAAACACCCAACAGUGUUAUUAACCCGCCAUUGGACGCACGGCAGACGUUUGUGGAUGAGAUGCUCUUAACAAGAACUGUUAUGUAGUGCGUGUAUCAAACAUAUUAGUUUAAUCUCUCUAGAUUUGUCCCUUGAUUUAUCAGUUGAUGCUUGUUAAAUACGUAAUUCCAUUUCAUAUUUCCAGACCUAUUACAACAGAAGGGAGGCAACACCGCGCAGAAUAUGAAGAGUCAUCCAUGCCAGUGAUAUAUUAUACAAACUACUCGGUACUGGUAAUCAACCGAUGUUCUACUUAGUAUUUCACACGGCCUUCGGCCUCAUGCAAUAGAACAUUUCGACCUUCGGUCUAGUGCUAUAGAACAUCGAUCGAUCAUCAGUACCACGUGUCAAAUAAUCUUAACUAUUGCACAAACACCUAUGAUAUACUUGUUCUAUUACAUAAUCACUAAAACAUACUUAGAAUCACUGAAAUCUCGACGUUCCUGUAGGUCUAGAAGUCGCCAUGACUGUCGUCUGGCAGUGUUGAUAUCUGAGUGACUUAGACGCUUGAAAGGUUGGACUUUUUCGGAAAUUCGGAAAUUCGGAAAUGUCACGCCGUGUUCUAUAGUUUUCAUGUGACCAUGCAAUAUUCAUUUAGCAAUGAAAUAGGAUAAAAUAUAGCUUAUUCGUGUAGUUAAGGAAUAUCAAACGCAUUAUCUAAUAAACAGUUUUAUUUCCCUCAUGCGAGGGAUAUACUGUGUUUUUUAUAUCCCAGUCACAUGACGCGUUUCUACCAAUCACGGACAGUGUUACAAACAUGAGAUGUAGCGAUAAUAUCUAAUAACCAUGGAUAUGUCGCGAGCACACACACAUAAAAUGGCUGUUCCCUCUACAAUAGGAUCACGCUCUCUGCGGAGAAUAAUUUCUUUUUAUUCAGAUUUUAAGAAUCAACAUAUAGCAUAGCGAAAAGUGUAUACAGUAUAAAUAUAUCGUAUUAACUGAUGUAUGAUGCUUUCCUAAUUGCAGUGUCAUUCAUUUCUACAAAUCCCGUGGUUAAGUUAUUUUUCCGAUAUAUUCUCAUCCUAGUCGAUAUAUUUUAUCAUGCCACACGCAUCUUUUUAUGUUUAUUUUGAAGUGUUAUUCUGUGAUCAACUGUCGUUGUCUGCUCAAAUCUCAAUGUAUCAUCAUGUAAAUAAAAUAUUAAUUAAUUAC